GUUCCAAUCCCAUUAUUCCACCCACUCUUAUCUCUCCCAACAACACUUACAUUGCGGCUAGGGUUUCAACUUUCAAGAUUCUUCAACCUCUGUUGGGUAAUCAAUCUUAAUCAAACAUGACCAUCACAAUUUGCAAUUAGGGCUCUUAUCUGUUGCAAAGAUUCAAACUUUUCACCAAAGGGUUCUUUCUUAGUGCAAUAAAGACAAGAAAUGGCCACUAUGAACCCUUUUGAUUUGCUUGGUGAUGAUGAUAAUGAUGACCCAGAACAGCUUGUGCAAAAGAUUGUUGCAGCACCGGCUAAUAAAGCCCCAGCUGCAGCUCCAGCCGGUAAAGCCACUGCUCAGCCGGCUAAGCUUCCCUCUAAGCCUCUUCCUCCAGCUCAAGCCGUGAGAGAAGCCAGAAAUGAAGGUGGGCGUGGCGGGCGUGGUGGUCGUGGGUACGGUCGUGGUGGGCGUGGAAGUGGUGGAUACAAUAGAGAUUCGGCCAACAAUGAGGGUUCGUUUGGUAACCGUGGUAUCGAAGAGUCUGAUGGAAAGUCUUCUGAGAGACGUGGUGGUGGUUAUGGUGGUCCUCGUGGCGGUUUUCGCGGUGAGCGUCGUGUGUCUUUUGCUAAUGGUGAUGGUGGUGAGGAUGGAGAACGUCCACGUAGGACAUAUGAACGUCAUAGCGGCACAGGGCGUGGGAAUGAAUUCAAGCGCGAGGGAGCGGGCCGUGGGAACUGGGGAACUCAGGCUGAUGAAAUCAAACAGGAGAUUCAAGAAGAGGUGGUUGAAAACGAGAAAAACGUGGCGUCUGAUAAGCCCGAACCCGAGGAAGACACAGCUGAUGUGAAAAACGACACGGCUAAUGAACGUGUCGAGGAGCCUGAGAAUAAGGAAAUGACGCUUGAAGAAUACCAGAAGGUUCUAGAAGAGAAGCGGAAAGCUCUGGAAGCACUCAAGACCGAAGAACGGAAGGUGGAAGUUGACAAGGAGCUUGCAUCCAUGCAGCAACUCUCAAACAAGAAAACUAAUGAUGACAUUUUUGUCAAAUUGGGUUCUGAUAAAGAUAAACGUAAAGAGAUUGCUGAAAAAGAAGAACGCGCUAAGAAGUCACUCAGCAUCAACGAGUUUUUGAAACCUGCCGAAGGUGAAAGGUAUUACUCCCCAGGCGGCCGUGGGCGUGGGCGUGGCAAUAGAGGCGGUGGUCGUUUUAACCAAGGCGGUGGUUCAAGCUAUGCACACGAAGCUCCCAAAAUCGAGGAUCCUAGUCACUUCCCAACUUUAGGCGGCAAGUGAGAAACUCGCCUUUUAAAGUUUUUAGAGAUUUGGAGCAUAUGAAGGCCAGUUAAUUUGUAUGUUUGAGACACAUGUUUCUCAGUUUUGUUUUGAAAUAGAUGAAUGACAAUUUUUAGUUCUUUAUGUUUGUAUGGUUUACUUGAUUUAACUAAGUUUAUUAUGUGAGCUAA